UGGGCUAAAGGAGGGGUAAUUCCGCUCCUCUCAGCAGUAAUGGUGACUUGGCUGCGCUUGAUGGGAGCUCAGUGUUGUGUUGUGGCCAUCAAACACAACUUCUGAGCAAUUUCCAAAGAAGAGAUUCGUUUUUUUGUUUUUAACUGCGGCGGCUCGGCUAACAAUACCUGCCAGUGUAGUGGAUUUUUAUAGCUGAAUGCGCUGUGGAGACCUGUUGCUCGCCUGCCUCGCCGCCGCAUAGUCAACUAACGUUAAAGUUACUAUCCAAGAUGUUGCUUUGUGGAUGGGAUGGCCUCUGGUCCCGUUUGUGUGCGCACUCAUAGCCUCGUUGGAGUACGAACAUUUCCCUUUCAAGUGAUUGUGUAGCUCUUCUCGACUGGGAAGAUGCAUGUGUCUCUGGCAGAAGCCUUGGAGGUUCGAGGCGGUCCGCUCCAGGAAGAGGAGGUCUGGGCGGUGCUCAGCCAGAGUGCUGAGAGCCUCCAAGAACUCUUUCACAAAGACCCUACAGCCAUGGGCUUCAUCAUUUCUCCUUGGUCCCUCCUACUCAUGCCCUCCGGCAACAUCUCAUUCACAGACGAGUAUGUCACCCAGCAGGACUUAAGAGCCUUCACAGCUCCAGAGGUCCUGGAAGGGGUCUCCUUGACUUCCAUCUCUGAUAUAGAAAAGAUGCACAUGUACUCUCUGGGGAUGACCCUGUUCUGGGGAGCGGACUAUGAGAUCCCCCAAAGUCAGCCUAUGAAGUUGGGGGAACACCUAAACAGCCUGCUUCUCAACAUGUGUGAUGAUGUUACAUUGAGUCGAAUGUCGUUGCGCACGGUGCUGGACAUCUGCAGCAAACACAUUAGAAACUCCAGUUGUGACCCUCCCUUCUCCUAUAUCAGAAAACUGGUCCGGUUGGUACUGGGCAGCCUUUCCCAGCUGGACGGUCUGCUGACUGAUAGAGAGUCUCUUCCGGAGCGGAGUAAGGAGAUUCGGGAGAGGCUGCGGGGCAAGGGCUUGCCUUCAGGGAGGAGUGCCGCCCCCAGGGUUCUGGAGCGCUACAAAGCCAGGAGUCAGGAGCAGACGUCUCUUAACCGGGGCCUUAGUCGUUCCAUGGGAUCUCUGCCAAUCCAGGACCUGUUGAAGGGGGAUGAUGGGGUAGCCCUACAGUAUUCCCCAUCUGACUAUCACCCUAACUCUGAAUCCCCUACAGAAUUAUACCCAAAUCCCCCGUCACUCAAGCACCAGCACUCCUAUCCCUAUCUGCAUCCUCUUCACCCCCAGCAAAAGGGCCGGCCUGUAGAACUGGACCGGAGGUCUUUAGCCUUCCACAGUGGGGACAUGGGCCCUAGUCAUGCAAGGAAAAACUGGGCUUCCUCUGUGGACUUGGCUUAUAUUGACCCAGAGGCUCUUCGUUUUGGGGCUUUGGAGGAUGCGCGGAGGGGCAGCAGCGCCAUAAGUACCCACUCCAUAGGCAGGCGCAAAUCGCCCCUGCUGGCAUCCAGGGAGAGGGAGUCUCGCUUUUCUGAGUUUGGUGGGCUGAAGAGUAGGAAGCCUCAUCAUCACUCAGCCCUGUCGGUAGGCUCGGGCCUCACCGGCGCCUAUGACAGGAUAAAGGAGAGGCAGAGGAAACUUCAGGUGCUAAGGCAAGCAGUGGAUGACCCAGUCCACACCCACCAGAGGUACCACAGCGAUUACAGUUCAUCCAGCGAAAGCCCCUCUGUGGCCUCCUCUGAUCCAGACUACAGACAAGCUAAGAAACCAGGCGAUGUGAGGAGGUAUAGCUCCCAGCUGGCACUUUCCUCUGAACAUGAUGCCCCCUCGUUGACAGGUCACAACACACACAGGCACAGGCUGUAUGAGGGGGCAGCUGAUGAAGGUCUGGUCGGUGCAGAGCUGCUCCUACAGAGGCAGGAGGAGGAGGUGCAGCGGCUCCAGGCCCACUUGGCCAGCAGGCUGUCCAGGGCCAACCUCUACCCCGCAGACGACCCCCUGGCCCUAUCUCGAACUUCCAUGCUCGACCUUCGAGACCCCCUUCACACCUCUUCUGUACCAUUUCGCAAACCCAAGAACUUCCACGGGCCUGAGUUUGUGAAGAUGGCGAGUGAGCCCUGUGUUGCCUUGUCCGUUCCCUCUUCAAUAAUGAAACGUGGUAAGUUGGAGGAAGUGCAGAGGAAGGUUGGUGUGGUGCUGCUGAGUGGCCAAAAGCUGGAGCUGAGCUGUGACAUCAAGGCAGUUUGUAAAGACGUUCUUGACAUGGUGGUUGCCCACAUCGGGCUUGUGGAGCACCAUCUCUUCAGCCUAGCAUACCUCAGAGAUAAUGAGUUUUUCUUCGUUGAUCCUGAUGCCAAACUGUCCAAAGUGGCCCCAGAGGGAUGGAAGGAGGAUCCCAAGAAGAAGAAAUCUGAUGUGCCUUUUAAUCUUUUCUUGCGCAUCAAAUUCUUUCUUGAUGACGUCAACCUCAUACAGCAUGCAAUGACCAAACAUCAGUACUACUUACAGCUGAGGAAGGAUAUCUUGGAGGAGAGGAUGCGCUGUGACACAGAAAAUGCCAUGCUGUUGGCUUCACUGGCACUGCAGGCUGAAUUCAGUGACUACCAACCUGAGCUCCACGGGAAGACCUACUUCAGACUGGAGCACUACCUCCCGGUGUCUGUCCUGGACAAGGUGGACCAGGCGACCAUCAAGGAGGAGCUGCCGAAACUUCACAGCAACUACUAUGGAGCAUCGGACUCUGAGGCGGAGUUUGAGUUUCUCAAGGUGAGCCAGAGGCUGACAGAGUAUGGUGUCCAUUUCCAUCGGGUGCUUCCUGAGAAGCGGUCCCAGACGGGCAUCAUGCUAGGUGUCUUCUCCAAGGGGGUGCUCAUCUUUGAGGUGCUUAAUGGAAAUCGUACCCCGGUGCUAAGGUUCCCCUGGAGGGAGACGAAAAAGAUUUCCUUUAUAAAAAAGAAGAUUUGCCUCCAGAACACAUCAGAUGGGAUUAAGCACCUGUUUCAGACAGACAGCAACAAGACCUGUCAGUAUCUGCUACAGCUCUGCUCUGAUCAGCACAAGUUCCACCUGCAGACGAAGGCCCGCCAAAACAACCAGGAGCUUCAAGAACUAGAGAACUGCCCUUUGAGCUGUUUGCAAUAUUCCCUUGACGGUCGGAGUGGAGGCGCAGCUGGGAGGACCGUGAGCUCAGGCAGCCUGGCCCCCAGCUUAUCGACGCGCUCCAACCCAGACCACCUGAAGAGGAUCUCCUACUCGGAGCUGGCCCUCCACAAGGCACCAACUGGCCCAAUACUGGUCCAAGAUGAGCUUCACUUUCCAGGUUUCAAUCCAGUGGCCUCCACGGCCCUUUCCAAUCCGCGGGUAAUGAGCCGCUCCCACCACAACCUCGGACAGAUGCCAGAGUCUCCAGAGCACCGGGUGGCAGAGUCGUAUCAUGGCCAGUCGCACAGCGGACUGAGUCAGGUACAACCCAACCAAGUGGCCCCACACUUCCCGCAACACCAGAGAGCCAGCUCAGACACCGAUUCCCUCUCGCACCAACAGGACAAAUCUUUUGGCAAAGUGUCCUACAGCAACUCGGCCUGGAAUCUCAGCAGGUCCAAAAAAGAAUCUGACUCUUCUUCUACAGAGGAUACUGGCCAAGCAUAUGUAGUAGGUGUCAGUAUGCACAGUUCCUCUGGACCACCUUCAACCCCAGCCUCUGUCAACGAUUCACUCAAGAAAAAGCUCAUUGCCUUACCAUCUCCAGAGAGAGAAAUCACAACGGUAAACCUGAAGAAAGAUGUGAAAUAUGGCCUGGGGUUCCAGGUUGUUGGAGGGGAGAACUCUGGUCGUAUGGACCUUGGCACCAUCAUUAGCUCCAUCACUCCUGGGGGUCCUGCUGAUGUCAACGGCUGCCUCAAACCUGGUGACCGGCUGAUCUCAGUGAAUGAUGUGAGCCUAGAAGGGCUCUCUCAUGCCACCACGAUUGACAUCCUCCAAAAUGCUCCUGAUGAUGUUACUCUGGUGGUGUUACAGCCCAAAGAGAGGCUCUACAAAGAAUCUUCUUCAGGCUAUGUUCCCUACCAAGCCAAGUCUGCAUUGAAGGCACUUAACUCUGGCCAGAGACGAGAACUAGACUUUGAUACCUCAUCAGAGGAGCAGGCGGGAACAGGAAGUCCCAGCCCUCCCCUCCACAGCACUGGCACACCGUCAUCCACCUCAUCCCCAGUCCACCAGCACACCAGUCUCAGUUCUCAGGACUCCAGGACAAGCAGUGGUGCUAAGAUCAGCCCACCCCCUGCUAAUGGAGUUCAGUCUUGCCUAGAAAGAGCUAAAGCUGCUGCCACAGUGGCUGUCACAUCUGCAACCAGUGCCCAACAUCACAGAGCAGAACCUAACGUGGGUUUGGAUCCCACUCCACCGGCUUUGCCACCCAAAACUAGAAAAGCUAAAGUGUCAGAAGCUCCCAAAGUGUCCGAGCACUCUGACUGGGGGGAUUCAGACAUGGAUGAGGAGACGUAUUCCAGUAGUCAAGAGAAACUCAAAGUCAAAAAGGAAUACAUCAUGGAAAAUGUAAAUGGUAAUGCCCCAGGGGUCAAUAGUCUCAGUCCAGGAGAACUAUUUGAUGUUGAGCUGUCUAAAAAAGACAGCAGCCUGGGCAUAAGUGUCACGGGAGGAGUCAACACGACUGUUCGACAUGGAGGCAUCUACGUCAAAGCCAUCAUACCAAAAGGAGCUGCUGAGCUCGAUGGAAGGAUACAGAAAGGUGAUCGUGUGGUAGCUGUCAAUGGAAAAACUCUGGAGGGAGCCACUCAUCAGCAAGCAGUAGAAGCUCUCCGAGACACUGGGCAGACAGUGCACUUGAUGCUGGAGAAGGGCCAUCCCCUUUCAGACAGUGUCCAUGCUCCCCUAACGCCUCAGUGCACUCAACUAACUGCUGGCAGUGACCAAGACCAGACAAAGUAUAAAAAGCAGCCACUUGAGGUCAAAGAAAAACCAGAGUACAGCUUUGUUACGCAAGACAAUAUGUUUGAGGUGUGUCUGCUGAAGAACACAUCAGGGCUGGGCUUCAGUUUCAGUCGCGAGGAGAACAUCCCUGACGAACCCCCCAGCUCCAGCAUGGUGCGGGUUAAAAAGCUGUUUCCUGGCCAACCAGCUGCAGAGAGCGCUCGCAUCAACGUGGGCGAUGUCAUCCUGCGGGUCAAUCAGACCCCCCUUAAAGGACUCUCACAACAUGAGGUGAUAUCAGCAUUGCGAGGAACAGGACAGGAGGUGACUUUGCUCCUGUGUAGACCUGAAUAUGGGCUUCUACCUGAAAUGGACACUUCAGCUUUGACGCCCAUGCCAUCGCCUCGAAAGGAGCAAGUGGCCCAGGCCGAGUCCAGCCUGAGCUUCGACAGGGCAACCUCUCCUCCGGGUACACAAGGCAAGAGGAAUCACGGCCCCGUGGAGGACGCCCUAGAGAGGCUGCUGCUCAAAACUCCCGGCCGACACAACAGCUACAGCGACAGCACCGAUGGGGAUGGGGAUGAGGAGGUGGAAGAAGCCUUCAGCCCGAGCCCUGUGGAGCACAGUAGGCAAACUUGGGAGCGGAGUGUCUACCACACCCCCAGCAACAACCUAGGACUGGGACGCUACGAGAGCACUUGUCAGCUGGACGACACCAUCAACUCAGCCUUCUACUCCCCAAACCUGUCAAUGACACAGUCGGACCUCAGCAAGAGGUCUCUUUCAUCCCCCCUGACAGAUGAUCUGGAGUCCUCCCUCACUGCCCCAAGCCCUGAUCCCCUGCCUCCCCCACUGCCUCUGCCCUUAAACCUCACCGUGUCGGGCAAUGGGCAGGACAUGGAGGAAUUUGUCCCGGAAGUAGAGCUCAAGGUCUCCUUGGUGAAGUCUGAGAAAGGCAGCCUGGGGUUUACCCUCACCAAAGGUAAUGAUCAAGGAUGUUACAUCCAUGACAUCGUCCAGGAUCCAGCCAGAGGAGAUGGAAGGCUCAGGCCCGGGGACCGGAUGAUUAUGGUAAACAACACAGAUGUGAGCAAUAUGGGCCACACCGAGGUGGUCAAUCUUGUGCGUGCAGCCCCCUGUGUGGUUGACUUGGUGGUAGGGAGGGUCUUGGAGGCUCCUAAGCCCCCCAUAGAAGCCCACCUGCUGCCUGACAUUGGCUUUAAGGGCAGUCAAGAACCACUGGGUUUGGUACUGGACGGUGGCUGUGACAGUGUGUACAAUGUCUUGUUUGUGAAAGACAUCCUGCCCGGUUCAAUGGCCUUUGAGGAGGGCAGCCUGAGACCACUUGACCUAAUCCACUACAUCAAUGGCGCUCCCACACAGGACCUGACUCUCAGUGAGAGCACCAGACUGUUGGAGCUCUACCUCAACAACCUCACACUCAAGGCCACAAGGGAUGGAAAGCCUGUUUCUCCCGGGCAGAAAAGUGUCUCUUUCCUUAACAACAACAUAAGCCCCAAUGUUUCAUCCAGUAUGAAUGGUUUUCUGUCUACUAAAGCUUUGAAUCUCGGAUUAAAGGUGAUUGCACUAUUGAUGAUUACAUUGACUAUGCAGGAGGAGAUCAUCAAGCUGGAUCUGGAGAAGCUGCAGUCAGGAGGUCUGGGUUUCUCUGUGAUUGGAGGGGAAAGGGGGAUCUUUGUCAAAUCCAUCACACCAGGAGGAAUAGCAGAGUCCUCGGCCAAACUGCAAGUGGGAGACAGGCUGCUGAAAGUGAAUGAAGAACUAAUGACUGGUGUGUCCCACACCAAAGCUGUCACCACCAUCCGUAAAGCUAAAGGCCUGGUACAUCUUAUAGUCUCCAGACCGCCAGACCAGAACCCAAACACAUACCUGGCCUAUCUGCCCAUCAACUCUGACAAGUGCAAUGGAAACACCGAUCUGAGUGAGGACAGUGGAGCGAAGACUAAGCUAUUUACUCUCCAUGAUGAGCUGAAAUCUGGCGGCUUCCCUCCCAUACCACCAAUAGACUACGAAGAUGAUCCACUAGGACAGAAAAGAGAGACGGAGCACAGCGCAGAGCUUUCAGAGGACACAGACUGCGAUGGCUCUUCUUUACCUGAAGACUCCCCUGAGAGUUCCCGGAAAGUGGAAUGGCAAGAGGAGAACCUUGACGAUCCAAGGAAUGAAAACUAUCUGCAAAUGAGUGCUGGACAGCCAGAGGAAGAUGAAAUCACAUGGGGAAGUGAUGAACUGCCCAUUGAAAACAUGAACUCUGAGAGUAAUGGGGCAAUCAUCACAGAGGACGAGCUGACCUCUUUGCCCCUCGUCAAAGUGGUCCCUGAUGGCCAGUACACUGGACCAAAGCUCAACACUGUGGUCCGCAUGAUGAGGGGGCUUCUGGAGCAGAAAGUCCCUCUGCAGGAGUUUGAAAAUCUUCAGAAUCUGCAGCCACUGGACGACUGUUUGAUCGGUCAGACGAAGGAAAACAAGAAGAAGAAUCGCUACAAGAAUAUUGUUCCCUUUGACACAACGCGAGUUGUGCUGGGCAAAGACGGCGGCUACAUCAAUGCCAACUUCAUCAAGAUGUCAGUGAAGGAUGAGAACUAUAUGUACAUUGCAUGUCAGGGUCCCUUACCCACCACUCUGGGUGACUUUUGGCAAAUGGUCUGGGAGCAGAAGUCUAAUGUGAUCGCCAUGAUGACCCAGGAGGUAGAGGGAGGGAAAGUGAAAUGUCAGCGGUAUUGGCCCGACACGCCGAGGACUGCCGAGAUGGUGGACGACCGGUUACAGAUCACCCUGAUCAAAGACCAAUAUCUCGACAACUUUGCCAUCCGACUCAUCGAGGUUAAAGAUGUCCAGACCAAUGAAAUACAGCGUGUAACUCAUCUGAACUACACGGGAUGGCCGGACCACGGGACGCCCUCACAACCCGAGCAGUUGCUCACAUUUAUUUCCUACAUGAGGCACGUUCAUCGAUCGGGGCCCAUAAUCACUCACUGCAGCGCGGGCAUCGGUCGAUCAGGAACCCUCAUCUGUAUAGACGUGGUUCUGGGUCUCAUCAGUAAAGAUGCUGAUUUUGAUAUUUCAGAUGUGGUAAGGACCAUGAGACUUCAGAGACAGGGAAUGGUCCAGACAGAGGACCAAUAUAUUUUCUGCUAUCAAGUGAUCCUCUAUGUCCUCAGAUGCCUUCAAGCUGAGGAAAACAUCUCAGGAUAGUAGAAACCAGAUAGCACCAUCAUGUAGAGGCUGGGGGACUGUUUCACGAAAGCAAAACAGAAAUGGAUGAGAGUUGACACAGGCAGAAAUUGCCAAAUUACACUACAUGUUUUUUAAAUGCCUUAAACUAUUCAGUUACUUGAGAGUAAAUCCUUUACAGAAGUCUAUAUUUUUAUGUUUGCUUUUUGAGUUCUCUCUCUCUCUCUUUGGCUGCUACUCCUUUUUCAAUGCAUUUAUGAGAACUGCUGAUUGUAUUUCUUAUUGUCACAUACAAGAGAACACUAAUGGGUUUUUUUUUCUCCAGAUUCUUGGAUAUUCUAAAAUAAUUAUGAAAGUGAUCAAUGAUUUCAUAUUUUAUGUGGAACAAAAUUUUACUUUGUGUAUUGUAAGUCCUAUUUUGAUGCUGGAACAUGCCUUGACAGAAUACUAUGUCAGUAUUUGCUUUGUAAAGCUAUUAUACAGUAAUUGCUCACUGCCUGAGGUAAAUGAUGAGAUUUAAAGUGUACAUAUUCAUCUCCUGAAAAUUAAACUGAUACAUUUUAAAUGGUAUGUGGGGCAAAGUUUCUUUAAAAAAAAAAAAAAUCAAAUAUUUUCUUUUAUAAUUUGAGUGCAUACUUUAUUGUUUUAUCACCUUAUUGUUAUUAUUUAUCCCAUUCUAAUGUAUAAGGACAUUAACCUAAUACAGCUGUUCCAAGCUUGCUGACUAUUAAAACCACUGAAAGGUACAAGGAAGAGAAGCUACAACUUUUGCACCUGUAUAUGUUGAUGACUUGCAAAUUACACAACUACAUAUACAUAACAUAAGUUACUGCACAUAAAUGCAAUAAUGAAGCUCAUAAUGUUGAAUCUGUGCUGAGGCUGUCAUGGGAAGUGUUAACUUCUUAUAUUUCGAUUUAUAGUUUUGUGAUGGUAAUCUGAGUCCAUAUAAAGAUUGAGAACAUUUAAAGUUUUUUUGCCAAGCUAUUGCAUGUGGAUGUAUAUUUUACAGGUGCUUGUUUUACCUGUAAGUAGUCGUUAAACAUAACUGUCCUGAAUGAAUACACACCCCUGAGCUAUCUGAUGGAACAGUGUUAUAAUCUACACAUACUGCUGCAGAAGUUGCUGCACAGAUGGGUAUCUUGCAUUUUCACCACCAUGCGAUGCCAAAAUUCAUUAUCAUACCACUAAAAUAAUCCUGGAAAUAUUGCCAUGUGUCAACGUAUUUGCAUGGUAGUUAAUAACUUAAUGGCUGUUCAGUUGCCCAUUUAAACAAAACUUGGGCAGUGCCUGUUUGGAGCGAAAUGCUCGGAGUAAAUUUAAGCUGGGCUUUUAUUGUGAAGGGUAGACACGGAAGAAGUGAAGCCAGCAUUUGUUUUUUUUCCCUCAACCUUCCUUGUUGCUUUGUUUCAUUCUUAUUAAUUAAUAUUCAACGCUGUUCAAACUCCAAAUUCCAAACCCUAAAUUCAUAGGGUACCCAGGAAGCCAAGUGUGAAGUAGAUUGGAUGAACGUUUGUCAAGAUAUUUAAAUGACGACACACACACACACACACACACGGUCCCCGCUUUUAGUGAGAUAAAGCACAUUUUGCUUAGUGUUGGAUAGCCAGAUAAUGUGGUAAACACUUGUUUGAGAAUAAACGGAGAUUCGAAGUUGCAAAGCAAAGAAACCUACUUAACUUUUUCAGACCACUCUGUCCUGGUUUAACUAAUUAGUGUGACUGAAAUAAUUCUAUAAAAUGAAGUUCCAAGUUGACAUAAAAAACACAUGGUGUGCCUUAAACAUUUGCUAAACGUCUUCAGUUUUUGUGGACAGCUCCCCCCUUCUUGAUAAAAUGUUUUACACUUCUUUGUAUUAACGUUGCUGUAACAUACUCAUUGUGUUUAAACGACACAGACUUGAUUUGCAAUUUAAUUCUAACUGAACACAACUUUUAAAAAGGCAGUGACCGGUCUGAAAAUGAGCACUAUGCAGCAAGCACAAUUCAGUGACACUUAUAGUAAUUUAGCUUUUAAUAUUCACAUUGUAAGGUUGGUGUGACUGCCCAUGUUUGAUUUAAGGGAAUGAAAAGGCGGAUAAACAGCAAAACAUGUUUUGAAGAGUGGGAGUAGUCACAAACUUUAUGCUAAAAGAAACAGACACAGAGACAAAAAUUUGAAUUCCACAAAUAUUUUUUCUUUUUAAAAGCCACAUGGAGGACUUUGCUCUUGUAAUCCAGGGUGAUCACUUACUCAAAAUGUUCAUUUUCUGUGUUCAAUGUAAAUAAAAACAAUAAAAACUCUAUUAUCCAUA